CGUCAGCCAACCGUAGCAAGCGCGUUCUCGCUAGCGUGCCUGCAGCCUGACCCUUGAGCUAUCUGCCUGGAAACGUUGGAGCUGCAACAUCACUGUCUUUUUACUACAAGUCUUCUGCCGCCGCUUGUCGCGGUCUUGAAGCUCGCAAUCACUGCACAUGUUUAUUUUCAUCCCAAUCGUGAUCAUCACAGCAUCACUGAGCCCAAUCGACAGCUCGAAGCUUAGCUCGCGUCUGGCGCAAUUGCAUACACAGCUACGCCAAGAUGGGUGUUUAUCGCGUUGAAGCAUCGCCUAACAACCGUGCCACGUGCAUCAAUAAAGAAUGCAAGACCGCUGGUGUCAAGAUCAUGAAGGGCGAGUUCCGCUAUGCCAUUCAGGUGACCAUCAAAGAGCAUCAGUCGUGGCAGUACAAGCAUUGGGGCUGCGUCACGCCCGCGCAGAUUGACAACCUCAUUGAGACUUCUGGAGGCGACACGGAGAUGGUCGAUGGCUAUGAUGACCUUUCUGAAGAGUACCAGAAGAAGGUUGAUUUCGCGCUGAAGAACGGUCACGUGCCUGAUGAGGACUGGAAGGGCGACGUCGAGGCCAACCGCGAUGGCCACAAAGGCAUGCGUCUCAGCAAGACUGAUCAGAAGAAGAAGGAGAAGGCCGAGCCUGCAGCCAACGACGAUGAGAAGCCCAAGAAGAAGCGCGGCAGGAAGACGAAGGCAGACGAUAAUGAAGAAGACGAAGCUCCUGCCCCCAAGAAGCGCGGCCGCCCUGUCAAGAAGGAGGCUGAGGACGAAGACGAGGCUCCCGCGCCAAAGAAGGCCAGGGCUGCUCGUGGCAAGAAAGUGGAGUACAAGGAGGAGGAAGAUGACGAGGAUGAAACCCCCGCGCCAAAAAAGAGCAGAGCCAAAGCCAAGAAGGCCGCUGAGAGCGAGGAUGAAAUCACCCCUGAAGCAGAGCCCGAAGAAGAGGAUGAGAUCGAAGAGGGAGAGGAGGUAGAAGAAGCUCCCAAGCCAAAGCGAGGCAAGGCUGCCGCCAAGGGAACAGCGAAGGCAUCCCAGAAGAGGGGGAGGAAGAAGGCUGUUACCGACGCUGAGUAGAUGCAUACAAGCAUCUCAUUACGGUGAUAUAUCCUGCAUCGCGUCGCGCUUUGCUUUCGGUGCUGGGGAUUGCCCUAUUUACACUGUGUUGCGUUUUGGCGGGAUUCAUGUACGAUAUAUACCCUCCUUACGGCAGCUGGUAAUGAACAUCGAUAACUGAACA